AUGGCAGCCUUGGUGACCGCCCAUGAGGCCGCAGUUACGUUUUACGUCUUACAGAUAAAAGUAAAGUCUGGAGAUGAUGUGAGUCUUCAGUGUCAGAGUCCCAGAGAUGAAGCCAUCACAGUGCUAGAGUGGAGCAGACCUGAGCCGGAGACAGAUGGUUAUGUCUUCUUCGUCAGAGAGAACCGACCAUAUGAAUCCUACCAGCAUCCAUCUUUUCAUGGUCGAGUGCAGCUGAGAGAUCCAGAGAUGAAGGACGGAGACGUUUCUGUGAUUCUGAAGAACGUCACCAUCAAUGACACUGGAACAUACAAAUGUCAUGUUUCUGUGAACAGCACAGAGCUCAUAAACACCACCAUCAACCUGAAGGUUGAAGACUCAGGUGAGUUUGAAGUGCAGCUGCUUCAUCACAGAUCAGCUGUUUGUGUUUAUAAAGGUGUUGAUGGUGAGAUGAGUGAUGUGAUCAGAGUUCAGUAGAUAAUGUCUGACAUGAGUUUGAAGAGUUCUUCAGUCAUCACCUACCUGACAGCUGAUACCUCACACCUGUUUCUGCUCUGCAGGUCACACAGCUGGAAACACCCGGACUGAAGGAGACAAGGAUGAAGGAGA